AUGAAGCUCUCAACUGCCAUUAUCACUUCCGUUCUGGCUAUCGGUGCCUCUGCCUUUGACAAGUACCAGCCGCUCCUAGCAUGGGGAAAACGCGACUAUCCCUGCAUCAACGUCUACCAGGGAAUUCCUGAUAAUGCUGCCGUGGCUCCAGGAACUACCAUCACCCUCCGCUUCAACCGCGCCCCGACAACCCACUGCUCUGAUCCCCUCACAACCUAUCCCGGUAACGCUUACCGCGUUUGGCUGUACAAUAACCCUGUCCGUGUCCCCAACUCUGUCAACUAUGACCAGUCGAUCAGGAUCACGGAUGGGAUUGCCGAAACGGAUGGAGAGGUGACCAUCACCAUCCCCGCGGAUCUGCCGGCGGUUAACGACGACUCGGUGUGGUAUCUGCGUGUUAGUACGGAGCUGUCGACGGCGCCUCAGAUGCCUAGUUUGUUUGAUGCGCUUGGUCCUUUCACUAUUCGGGCAUAA